CUGACUGUGUUGUGUUUCCACGUAAACGGCGUUAGAAGCGGGUUUUUCAAUCUUCCUAACUUUCAAUUCCUCGUCGUUUCGGCGCAACGACGUCGUUGCAAGAUGAUGCCACCGGGCCUCGUUUCCAAUCUGCAAGAAGCGCUUCUCAACAGAAAAGGGGCCCAACAACAACAACAAGAAGAAGAAAAACAAGAACACGACCAAUCCAACGACAAUGCCGCACAAUCCACCGGGGAUUCUGUCGAAUUCGAUGCUUCCAAGCCUAUUGUGUUGGUUACCAAUAGCGAUGGCGUUGAAUCCCCUGGCCUCACGCACCUCGUUGAAGCUCUCGUUCAACAAGGCCUCUACAAUGUCCAUGUUUGCGUUCCUCAAUCGGACAAAUCGGUUUCGGGGCACUCUGUUACUCUACGAGAAACUGUGGAAGCUGCUUCUGCCAAAAUUAAUGGUGCUAUGGCCUUUGAGAUUUCAGGAACUCCCGUGGAUUGUGUUUCGCUAGCAUUGUCUGGAGCAUUGUUUUCGUGGUCAAAGCCCAUGCUGGUUAUUAGUGGGAUUAACCGGGGAUUGAGCUGUGGUCAUCUCAUGUUCUACUCAGGGGUUGUUGCUGGGGCGAGGGAGGCAUUAUUAUGUGGUGUACCAUCAUUAUCAAUAUCAUUAAACUGGAAGAAGGACGAAAGUCAAGAAACUGAUUUCAAGGAUGCAGCAUCAGUCUGUUUACCAUUAAUAAACGCAGCUAUUAGGGAUGUUGAAAAGGGAACUUUUCCCAAAAGCUGCUUUCUAAAUAUAGAAAUUCCCACGUCACCUUCGAGUAACAAGGGCUUCAAAUUGACCAAACAAAGUAUGUGGAGAUCCACUCCAAACUGGCUUGCUGUUUCAACUAGCCGCUAUCCAACUGGUCAUUUCUUGGCCAAUCAACAAGGAGGCCUUGGUCUUCAGUUUGCGCAGCUUGGCCGAGAUGCAUCCGCAGCUGGUGCAGCUCGACGGUUGGCUACUCAGAAAAAGAAUUUGGAAGUUAUUGAAUCAAUUGGAGCUGCAGGAAAACCUGAUUCCAACAGGGUCAAGAAGUACUUCAGACUAGAGUUUUUGGACAAUAAGCAGGAAGAAACAGAUGAUGAUCUGGAUUACAGGGCAGUUGAAAGCGGAUAUGUUGCAGUGACUCCACUUUCUCUUUCUCCCCAUGUUGAAACUGAUAUUCAAAUGGCAGCUUCUGAUUGGAUCUCUGCUGCACUUCCUGGCGAACAAUAAAAUAUAAAUUCAGUAUGAUUGUGUACAUUUGAGAUUUAUGAUGAUUCUUUCUUUUCUUUUUUCUUCCUUAAAGCAAAGAUGGAGCGGAAGCGGUAGUCACACCAAUUCAAUAGUGGAUUUCAAUUUGUACUAUUUUUCCUUUUGUUUUACAUUUUUUUUGUUCCCUUCUUCAUUGUUUCAGUCCCUUUGGUCACUUAGUUAUUUCUGAUUUGAAGCAAAUGCUUCUUGUAAUUUCCUGGGCAUAUUUUAGAAAAAUGCCAUUUCGUAUGUUUGUAAUGUCUAUUACUAGCAAAAGCACU